AAUCAUUUAGUUCGUAAACACGACAACACAGAGAUCUAAAGGAUUAAGCUUAAAUGGAUCAUCUUAAAGAAAUGACGAAUAUGUGGUUAAGAUCGAAACUCUUGCACACUAUGGGACGAUUGAUUACCGAUUCAGAUAGAAUUUGCUGGUCUCGAAAGUGUCAUUGGCUUAAGAUAGCGAAACGACUUCGUAGUCAUGAGAAAGCAGUUUAUAAUGUUACUUAAUACCAUCGCGUUAACGAAAAUCACGGUUGCUUGGAGGUUAAAGGAAACUAUAUAUGACGUUCGUCCAAUAGAGCUAGCGUUUCUUUUACGAUUCUCCAUGGAUUUUGUCACCGUGUGUUUGGGAAUUCAGUGCCGUUUGCAAUAAUGUUUCGAAUUCGCGAAUCUGUAUCGGCCCAAAUGUAAAACUGUAAUGUAAAAAUGUAAAACCGACAUAAAAGAGUUACUGACUAUUUGAAUACAGCAUCCAAUGAACUUUUAGUGAGGUUAACCAUGAUUCGUAAAUAUAUAAGCUUGAUUUGUAGUGUUAAUUUUGAGUAAACUGUGGUGUGACAAGUGUUUGUAUGAAUCGUUGUAAACAAAAGUGGAAUCAUACGGCAAUUGGUACAAAAAUAUUAUCGUGACACGAAGCAGAUAUAUACAAUUGGAAAUCCUGAUGAACAAAGCACAGUAAAAAUGUUGUCUACAGUAUCCAGUAUUCCACUCGAAUUGAAUUCUUCAUAUUAUACAACUGUUACCGGGAACAACGGUCUCGAUGCAUUAUCGGUGAUUGAGUCUAGAAAUGCGACAGAUCUUUACAUGUUACCCCCUUAUAUUCGCAAUACAUCUAUGAUUACCUGCAUUAUAGUGAUGGUUCUUGGCAUAAUUGGAAAUCUUAUGGUACCAAUCGUCGUGUUUCGAGGCAAAGAUAUGCGGAAUAGCACGAAUAUUUUUCUAGUGAAUUUGAGUGUAGCGGAUCUCUGCGUUCUCUUGAUCUGUACACCAACCAUUCUUGUUGAGGUGAAUUCUGGACCAGAAAUCUGGCCGCUUGGUGAACAUAUGUGUAAAGCUGUACCAUUUGUUGAAUUAACCGUAGCACACGCUUCAGUUUUGACGAUUCUAGCCAUCAGUUUUGAACGGUAUUAUGCAAUUUGUGAGCCCUUACGAGUUGGAUAUAUGUGCACAAAGGCUAGAGCGACAUUUCUUUGUUUCGUGGCGUGGAUUGUGGCAGCGAUUUGCACCAGUCCUAUCCUAUUAAUGGCUACAUACGAGGAAGAGAAUAAGGAUGGUACAUACAUUCCGACCUGUUACACGAAAGCAAACACAUAUUGGACAAUCAGUUUCAUCUUAUUCACAAUAAUCGUAUUCUUUGUAAUACCAUUCUUGAUUUUGGUAGUUCUAUACACAGUUAUAGCACGCCAUCUGAUGACGAACCCAACAAUUAGCCGUGGCUCGUCGAACAACUUGCUCAAAUAUCGCAAGCAGGUAAUGCUCAUGCUAGGAACAGUGGUACUCUGUUUCUUCUUGUGUUUAUUACCAUUUCGAGCAUUAACACUUUGGAUCUUAGUUGUCCCGAUUAAGGUGAUUCUCGAUUUUGGUAUCGAGCGUUACUUCACUCUGCUCUAUUUCUGCCGAGUGAUGUUAUACUUGAACUCCGCCAUUAAUCCUAUUCUCUACAAUUUAAUGUCAACGAAAUUCAGGGAAGGAUUCCUUAGAUUAUGCGGUUUGGGUCCUAAUAGAAGAAAGAAGAAGAAAACGUCGGACAAAACUGGUACUUAUACUACUGGCUCAACCAAUUGCAGUAGCAACCACUCAGAUUUCUGGAGAAGACAUAGCAGUAAUAAGAGCAGCAGUGUUAAGGCGCCGUGCAAUUCGACCAUGGAGAAACAAACAAAAGUACCACUUCAGACGACGGUCAUUAGCGGAAAUAUUGUUAGGAAAAAACAGGAAAGUUACGUUUAAAGUAAUGGGUACUAGAAUAAUUUUUUAAGACUGUGAUCAUUCGAAUCAUUCCAUA